AUGCAGCUGAUUUACUUAGGGACCUUCUUGAUAGGACUGGUAUUUGGGGAACAAACUGACAAUGACGAUGAUAGCCCUUCUACUAUGUUAGAGACACCACAGCAUACAAUAAUAAAGGAGUAUUUUAGGGAAGAGUUUGAUGAUGAAGGUAAGUGAUGCUUUGCUGUUUCUCUGUUCUGGAAGGAAACCAUUAACUUCCAAAUCUUCUUUCAUUUAUGUAGCCUUACUCUAAAGAGUUGCAUUCUUGUUUGAUUUCGUUUUUUUACUGUUUAAUAAUAAAAUUAAUUGAUAAAACACUAUGAAAUAUCUAUUUUGUAUGGUAUCCCUUCUACUAAACUAUCAGUACUUUCAGUACCACUACAGAAAAAAAAUAAAGAAUAGAAGCAUGAAAGAGAAGACUGACCUUUUGCAAUUUCCUCCCAAGUUUAGGAAAACUAAUAAUUAAAGACAGUUGUCUUGCAAAUAUUGUGAGGCUGCUGUCCUGUUCUGCUGUCCUACCUGGCAAUAUGUCUCACUGAAUUCAGUGGCCCUUACAUCUGAGUAGACAUGCAUGGUAUUUCAUUUUGAGUGAUGCAUGGAAGGAACAGAGAUAAACCAGUUGAACAUGAGGAGUCAGUCCUGAUGCAUUUGGAAUCCUAGAGCACAGCUAAUUUAUAAAAGGAUGUAUCCAAAGUUAAUAGUUUCAUCUGUUUAAUUAUGAAGAAAAGGUAACCCAGAUAGAAAUAGUUUUUACUGUCUGUUCUGAAACAUUCAGAAGCAACUGAUGUCCUGAUAUAGUAUAGUGUGUUUCCCUGCAUAAGAGACUGCACAGCUUUAUAAUUUGUGCUAUGUGUACUAAUUUCAGUAUCAUUCAAUAUCUCUUCUUAACAACUCCUAAGCAGACUGCAGUUUUAUUUAUAGUGCUGCUCUAUAUGGAGCUAAAGGCAAAUGCAUUCACAAUACUAGGUUUCUGGGUUUGGUUAAUAGUUUGAUUCUGGUUAAUCAUUCUUGGAGGUUUUUAGUGCUGUUUCCUAGGAAGAGAGAGUAUAUUACAUGUCCUCAUCUACCUCCCAUACAAUUUCCUCCCUUCUUCCAAUUUCUUAUUUCUAUCCCAUGGGAAGAUCAGUACAGGUGUUAUUUAUUAUUGUGCCUGUUCGUACCCUUUUUAGAAGACAUACUAAAUGACGCCAGUCUUGUACUGAAAGUCCAUUACAAAAUGGCUUGAAAAUUAAUUGAAUUUGGUUUAUAUUACAUUUGUUUGAAUUUUGAGCCCUAUGUUCAGUGUUAUAAACAUGACAUAAACUAGGCAAAUCACAAACAUGAUUCAACAUGUAGCGAGUGGUCUCUUGGGAUCAUUGAGCAGUUUUCUCUAACUCCAGAUGGAGUUAAAUAUAGGCUUUUGUGAUAUUCAGCUAAGGAUUCUUGAGUAAAAUACUUUUUGUAGGGUGUUUUUAACCAAAUGUAAUUCAAGAUAUAUCAAGAAUGCCUUUUUAGGUUUGCUGCCAGGUUUUAUGCCUAUGAUGAAGGUUGCAUCACUUGAAUGAUCUUUAAGACAUAGGUGCUCUAGUAUGAGUGCUCUAGUAUUAUUCCUUGUCAGUGGCCACAUUCAAAUAUCACUCUAAACCACAGUAUAGUAUGAUGAGACUGAGCAAUGGUUUGCCUCUGAUACAUAUGCUCUUUCCCUCCCUUUUCUUCCUCUGGCACAGUAGCACAAGGGGAAGUUCAGAAUCUGUUUGCUUCUGCUUUUGCUUAACCACAGCUUGUUGUGUUAUGCAGAUUGAAAAAAUGUGGUUAAUGUUUAGUUUUGUUGGUUUAAAACAACUCGCCUUCAAACUAUGAAGUUAUUUUGUUGUUGGUUUAAACAAACCAUAGUUAACAUUGACCACAGUUCAGGGUUUGGAUUAAAUAUCAAGAAAAUUACUGCUUGUUAUAUGGCUGUUAAGCCCAUGUGUGGUGCAGCCAUGAGUUAAUUUGCAUCGUACUGUACAGUGGUACCUCGGGUUAAGAACUUAAUUCGUUCUGGAGGUCCAUUCUUAACCUGAAACUGUUCUUAACCUAAAGCACCACUUUAGCUAAUGGGGCCUCCUGCUGCUACCGCGCUGCCGCUGCACAAUUUCUGUUCUCAUCCUGAAGCAAAUUUCUUGACCGAAUGUACUAUUUCUUGGUUAGAGGAGUCUGUAACCUGAAGCGUCUGUAACCCGAGGUACCACUGUAUGUCCUAAAAUAUUCAUUCUAUUUUACACAAUGUGAAAUAAUUGUUGCAUGUUAUUGUUUUGCUAUACCUCAUUGCUACUUCUUUCACUUUUUCAGAUGAAUGGGAGAAACGGUGGGUUCAAUCUAAACAUAGAUCUGAUUAUGGUAAAUUUCGUGUUGCAUCAGGAAGGUUUUAUGGAGAUAGAGAAAAAGAUAAAGGUAAAAUAAUGCAUUCUCCCAUCCCCCAGGUUGUGAAAAAUGAGAUUUUCCUUCAUUCACUUUUAUUCCAUUAUUGACACAAUAUUGGCUAGUAUCAAAACAUCUACAUAACUGUCAUUAUGUUUCCUAGUGGUGGGCUAGAGAGCAGGGCUUCUGCAUCUGAGCAAAUUUGUAUGGGUGCAGAUAGAUCCUACAAGUAAAGUGAUCCCACACAUUUAGCUCUUUAAAAGUCAAACCAGCACUUUAAAUUGAGCCCAUAUAUAAACAGUCAGUCAAUGUAAUUGGUGUAGAAUAAGUGUAACAUGAUCCAAUAUGCCCAAAUCACAUGAGAUCCUGGUGGCUGCGUUCUAUACCAGUUGGAUUUUCUGAGCCACAUGUAAAGGCAGAUCUAUAGAGAGAGCAUUACAGUGGCCUAGUCUGGAUGCAACCAGUGAGUGUGUUACUUUUUUCCUAAGAUAGGGUCAAGCUAAAAUGACAAAAGGCACUCCUAGCCACCUGUGCUAGUAAAGAUAAUAAAUUGGAUCCCUGUAGAUUUAAGGCAGGAGUGGGGAACUGGAUCUGACCAGUAGGAGGCUACCCACCAGUUGUUUCCCUGACAUUGUUAAAAGAAGAAGCUGAUCAGUAGUUAGAGCAACCACUUUUGAAGAAGCUCUUUCAGUGACUGUCAGCUGAUUGGAGCUGGAAGCAUGCCUUCAAAGAGACUGUUGAUUGGUGGUUAUAGGGAGUCCCUUCAAAGUCUCUGCAGAGGGAAAAAUGCUCCUAAAAACAGCAUUUCCCCCUCUACGUAUAAAGUGACAUGGGUUUAAAGCACUUCUUCCAGUGCUCUGAAUUCAGACUGCUUCCUCUGGGGGGAUGGGAAGCAUGCUAUUGCAGCGAAUCCCAGCUGAUUGUUGGGACUGACUGCACUUUGAAGCUCCAAUGAUCAGCUGAUUGUCAGCUGCACAGGGCUUUCUGUUCAAGCACCAACAAUCAGUGGUUAUAGGUGCUUGAACUUUUGUUUUCCCUUUUCCCAGACAUCUCCAUUUUCUCUUUGUCUAUUUCCCAAUCGAUGUACAGGCUCUGUAAAUUGUUUCUUGACUAAUAUUUAUGCAAGUUUCUAACUUCCCCGAGUAAUCAACAGUGGUAUUUUGUAUAUUGGUGGUUUCUGCUCUUGUUAACAGUGUAACUGGCAAGAGGUUAUUUAAUGUUCGUAUCCUACAUAAUGCCAGACAGUCUUUGCGGUUAUAUUAUUAUAACCACAGUAAGGACAGGAUUUUGUGAAAGUACAAUAAGUCAUCUAAACCAUAGUUCUAGAUCUUUAAUUUAAUUUUACAGGUCUGAAGGCAACGGAAGACACUAAGUAUUAUGCAGUGUCAGCAAGGUUUCCGCCCUUCAACAAUGAAGGUCAGACGUUAGUGCUUCAGUAUACAGUAAAAUAUGACCAACAUGUCGAUUGUGGUGGUGCCUAUGUUAAACUUUAUUCUGCAGACCUGGUUCAAGAGGUUAUGAAUGAAGAUUCUGAAUAUUAUAUUAUGUUUGGUAAGUUCUCAACAUGUCUUAUUAGUCAGCAGUCAAAGCAUAUCCAUUUUUACAGUGCAAGCCAAGAGAGAAUUGGGCUUAGCACUAUAAGGAAAUUUCUGUUUUCAUAUUUUUUGAGUCUGCAUCACUGUAUAUAUCAGUGAGAUUCAGUGGUUGCACACAAUGCUGUGCCAUGACCUAUGGUUUAGUCAACUAUCUGGUGCAGAAAGCUCAAGAGCGCCUACCAUACGCUUCCAGUAGUCAAGUGAGGAAACACACAACAGAGCAGUUGGCUUCCCAAACAUUGUUUAUUUGGAGAGAAAAACCACAAGAAUUGGUUUGGGGAGAAUGUUAAGCUCAGUGGUUUGUUUCCCCACUCAACUAAGGAAGAAGCAGAGUGGGAGCACAUGGGGUGCAUGCACCAGCAUGCACCUUGUGCACUGGUUAGCUUACUAAACCAUAAUUAAUGGCUCAGUAUUAUGGGCAAACAAAGGGACGCGGGUGGCGCUAUGGGUUAAACCACAGAGCCUAGGACCUGCCGAUCGAAAGGUCGGCGGUUCGAAUCCCUGCGGCGGGGUGAGCUCCCGUCGUUUGGUCCCAGCUCCUGCCUACCUAGCAGUUCGAAAGCACCCCUAAGUGCAAGUAGAUAAAUAGGGACCGCUUUCUAGCGGGAAGGUAAACGGCAUUUCCGUGUGCUGCACUGGUGCUGGCUCGCCAGAUGCAGCUUAGUCACGCUGGCCACAUGACCCGGAAGUGUCUUCGGACAGCGCUGGCUCCCGGCCUCUUGAGCGAGAUGAGCGCGCAACUCUAGAGUCGGUCAUGACUGGCCCUGAUGGGCAGGGGUACCUUUACCUUUAUUAUGGGCAAACACAGCCAGUUUUUGCUUCCUUAUGUUUUACAAAGUAUAUUCAAUGAGCUGACGACAAGGUUGCUGGAUCAGGGUGAAGUCUUCCAGGGAGCUUACAAGCAGGGCAUGAAGACAACAGCUCAACUCCGCUGCCCCAUUGUAUGGUGCCAACAUUUGAUACUGUCUCUGAAGAUUGAAUUUAGCUAUACAGAUACACAACAAUAGACCAUGAACAUAAAUCUGAACUUUUUUAAAGCUACUGAAAGUAGUAGCUAUCAACCCUUUUGACAUAUUUUUUUUUAAACUUACUGGCAAUCAAUGUGUCUAACACUUUGCUUAUUACUUACAAUUUUUGAAAACCGCUCUUUCAUCUCCCAUGUAUGUUGUUGUGGGGUUAAAAUGGUUUUAAAAUAUUAAAAUGUUGGUUGCAAGGGACAGGAAGUAAGUCACCUUCCACGUUUGAAGAAGAAGAAAGUACUAUUAAUAGCAAUUUCUAAAUCAGUGUUCAAACUAUCAUUGACAUAUUUGUGCAGGUGGAAUUCUGAUCCAAGUCAACUGGGUUUUUAGAGCACUGUUGUUUUCUCCUAGGUCCAGAUAUAUGUGGAGAAGACAAAAAGAUAGUGCAGGUUAUCUUCAACUAUAAAGAUGAUUAUUACUUGAUCAAAAAAAACAUCACAUGUGAGGUAUGAUCAGUAUUUUUUUGGUAUUUGAGAAGCAUUGUUGAUUUCUAAUCUUUGCUGCUAGUUUUCCUCUACUAAUCGUAUUUUUUGUAUCUUUCUGUCUUGCUGAAAUUCUACUUUCCACACACAAGCAACAGUGAAAAACCGAUAACUGAAGUCUGGGUCAAGUAGUGUUUUUCGAAUUAAUAGUAAAGUAUAUUAGAAUUAUGUUGGCGAGUAAGGGAUAGUUUAACCAUAGUUUAAUGUUAAUGAAAAGUGCUAGUGCAUGCUGCUCAAAAAGUCCUCAAUUAAUUCACCACAACUCAUUCACUGCUGCUCCUAACCACACUGCACCAGGACCAACAAGCUACAAGCAUUGGCAUGUUAUGGCAUCUGAAUCAAGAUUGUACUUCGUUUGGAGAGAACAUGAGCAGCAGGUUUGUUUCAGGGAAAUAAACUACAAGUCUGGAUUUCACAUUCCAUUUGUUUUGUUGAUAUGUAUUGUUACUGGGACCAUGCAAACAUGCUGGAGCUUUGUUCUGCUUUGUUGUUCCCUGGACCUUUUAGCUAAGUGUGGUGCAGCAACUAAGCCAAAGUUUUGCUUAAUGUGUCCUCUGAACCCAGGUGCAUGGUUAAGCUCUUCUCCUUAACCACAAGCUGUAGCCAAGAACAAACUUUGCCUGAUGGGCACCAAUCAUUAUGGUUGCCACUCUUGCAUCCUAGGCACCAUUUACUUUUGACACACAACCCAAGAAGCUCUCAUCACCCAAUAAUAAGCACCAUGGCAUGUCCUCAAUUUUCUGGCCUCCAAACUCUUCAAGCAGUGAUUGAGUAGAUAAUCAGUAUGCCAUUUUUUUUUCAUUUAGUUUAUAUUCUGUUGCAACAUUUAACAGGAAAAACCAGCCGUCAGUUUGGAAUAUGAGAAAAGAACACUCUACUUAUGUAAUAAUCUUUAUUAUUUUUCUUUUUCGAGACCGAUGACUUUACCCAUCUCUACACUUUGAUACUACGUCCAGAUUUAACAUAUGAAGUGAAAGUUGAUAAUUAUGUUGCUGAGGCUGGCCAUCUAGAAGAUGACUGGGACUUCCUUCCUCCAAGGAAGAUAGUUGAUCAUGAAAUGGCAAAACCUGACUACUGGGAUGAAAGGGAGCUUAUUGAAGAUCCCAUGGACAAGAAACCAGAUGUAAAGUUUCAGUAUCAUGGUUUCUCUUUCUAUAUAAAUAUAUAUGUACAUUAAAACUGUCUACUUCCCCAGUUGCAUUCUGUCCACUGACCAUCUCUUGUAGUCUCUGUUGAAGUCAGUGGGUGUUGCAGCUGUGCUUAUAAUUCUGUGAUUUGCUCCAACUACAGUCUGAUAUCCAUCAUUCCCUUUUUAUUAUCAUUGUCUUAAAUAAUGCUUACUUCAGUCAAUUUCACAAUGGUAGCUAAUUAUUACUUCCAUUUAGCAAAUGGAGGAGCUGAGGCAAUAUAUGAUCAUUUACUUGCCUGGGGCUGAGUUGGGUUAAACUCUAAAAUCAAUUCUGCAUCUCAGUGGCAUUUGUCUUCGCCUUUACAGACAAAUGUCUGCACCCAAGCAAACAUUUAUGCAUUCUUUAUACACAAAGCAGCAUAUGUCACUUUUGCCAGGACUUCUUACUUGACCUGACCAGAUGAGGGCAUGGAUGGCAAAUACCCAAGUCUUAUAAAUAGUUCCCCAUUCUGGACUCAAAGCCCAGCACCCCAAGCCCACAGAUAAGGAUAACAUCAAAACAAGCCAAUUAACUUAUAUCAAAGGAAUUGAGUAUGAACAUACAUGAGCUCAUUGUUACAUCAACUACCAAUUAAUUGUGGGGUUAUAUUGACUACCAAGAUGGUGUUUGCAGUGCUUCCAGAACAGUUCACCUUUGGUUCAACACAAAGUUCAAUACAGUAUAUGUCCAUCACGGGAUUAAUACAAACAAAUUUCCAUGCCUGGUAGUAGUUGCAGUGAAUUUUGUUGAAUGCCACAGAACCUAAAAGCUUGUUAAGUGUGGUAACAUACGAAAUGCUAAAUGAUAACAGAAAACAAUAUAAUAACCAAUACUUAUUUUUAUGUAUUUAUUUACAUAUAUAUUUUGCUACUCUUCCAACACAGAACUCAACUUACUAAUCGGUCAAUGUGAUAUUAAAUGAGCAAGCAUUUUAUUAAACUGUCAGGAUUGUCUUGCUGCUAAAGUCGAUGUUUGAGAAAACAAUCUUUAUUGAUCAUCUGAAUGCAUACUGUUUUAGGAUUGGGAUCAGCCAGAAAGAAUUCCUGACCCAAAUGUCACGAAGCCAGAUGACUGGGAUGAAGAAAUGGAUGGAGAGUGGGCACCACCAUCGGUUCCAAACCCGGAGUACAGAGUAAGCCUGGCAUAGGUCUGCAUAAUAAUAAAUGCAGAGACUUAGAUGGUAAACAUUAGGGGUCAUAUACUCAGAGUUGUUGUUGUUGUUGUUUAGUCGUGUCCGACUCUUCGUGACCCCAUGGACCAGAGCACGCCAGGCACUUCUGUCUUCCACUGCCUCCCGCAGUUUAGUCAAACUCAUGCUGGUAGCUUCGAGAACACUAUCCAACCAUCUCGUCCUCUGUCGUCCCCUUCUCCUUGUGAUACUCAGAGUAGACCCAUUUAAAUGGAUAGAUUUAUGUUAGUCAAUUCCAUUGAAUUCAGUAAGUCUCUGAGUACGACUUAGUCCAGGAAUUAUCUACCUGGUGCCAAGUUUGUGUCCCUUGAGCAUCUUUGGUUUUUGGUUUUGUUUUCAAAAAGUAGGCAUUUCCUUUACCCAUGGAGGAACUUUUCUAAAGGGUGGGGUUUCUCAGUAAUAUUCUGUGUUGAGAGAGAUGUAUUUUUUGGAGGGGGGAGUCACACAUAUGGCAUUUGUGUGAGGUCCAGGGGUGAGGGAGCAGCAGUGACUGCACUCUCUAAUCUUGUCUUAUUCCAUACCCCCAUAGCAGCCAUUUUGUAACAGGCACCCACAGCACUUCCUCAGAAUUCAAAGUGUGCCCACUGGUCCAAAAAGGUACCAUGCUUAAACCUGAGGCAUUUUAUCUUACUACCUACUCUCCUGUUCAGUCUUCCUGAAUCUACCUUCAUCUGGCUUUGUCUGUAUUUCUCAAGUCCCCCAUCCUUAAAUGCCAUCUCUUGAACCAGUAUCUCCCUUCAAGCAGCUAUAUCCCAUCACUUACUAAGUCCUCAGCUAGGUACUGCUUUCUCUGUUUCUCUUGCUGCUCUCUUUUUGACCCACUGGUUUGGAUUCCUCUUUCUCUUUCUUUCUUUCUCUCUCUUUCUUUACCACUUUCAAGUAGUUGCUGUCUCCAGUCUGCUUUUCCUACUCUCUACUGACUACUCUCUACUGAAAUCAUUGUCUAUGGUUUUCUUCCAUUACCACGAUUGUCACAUGGUAUUUUUAAGUCCUUGCAGAACUUUUCCCCACCUUAUAUUAUCAGUUUCAAACCCUGCAACUUUUAGUUUUGCAGCUCGAAUCCCUGGUUGUGUCUCCACCUUCACUUCUCUUUCCAUCACUUCUUGCUUUCUCCAUUCUAUUCACAACUCAUCAGCUCCCCCCCUCCUGUUUCCAUUCCUGUCCCCUUCUCCCACUUGUAUUCAGGGGCCUGUGGAGGGGGCGGUUCGCCCUGGGUGCCACUCAGGGUGUGUGUGACAAGAUGGCCCCUCCCCCCCAGCUGUAGAGCAGCCGAGGGCGCACACAGUCUGUAUGGACGCCACUCGUGCAGUGUCCAUAUGGGCUGCACCAUCCAUAUGGGCAUCCGUAUGGGCUGCCUCUUGCACAGCGACCGUAUGGGCUGCUGCCACGCAUGUGCGGCAUCCCAUACAGGAUGCUGCACAUGCACACUCAGUACGGGCUGCCCCCCCCCCCCCGGGUGCCGGAGAGGGUUCCUCUGCCACUGCUUGUAUUAUCUUCAGAUUAAGACAGGAGUGAGGAACCUGUAGCUCUCCAGUUGUUGCUAGACUCCAACUCCCAUAAGCCCCAGCCAACAUAGUAUGGAAGGGAUGUUGAGAAGUGGGAAACCAACAACAUAUGGACGGCUACCUCCCCAUCCUAGUGAAAUCAUUGUUAAAGUACAUGUCAAUGGUAUAUAAUUGGUUUUACUUAUUGAAAAAUAAAGCUUCUCUUGGCAUUAUCACUAUGAAAGGCCCACACUCAAAACUGUAAAUAAUGUGUCAGUACAUAUGUAGCAAAUGAUGAUAAUACAUUCCAUAUUAUUAUUUUUCUUUCACUAGACUUAGCCAAGAUUUAUUUUGAUUAAAUUGGGUUUGGGAGGAAAUAAACUUCAAGCUUGUCUCAAUUGUUCUUUUUUAGGGAAUUUGGAAGCCCCGUAUAAUCAAAAAUCCCAAUUAUAAUGGCAUAUGGGUUCAGCCAUUAGUUGAUAAUCCAGAAUACACACCUGAUCCUAAUCUUUACAAGUAUUUCAACAUCAGUGUCAUUGGUUUAGAAAUUUUACAGGUAUGUAUUUUAUAGAGUUUUCAGAAAUAAUUCCUUAACUGGAAAGAUAAUUCUUAUUACAGAGUCUAGUUGUAUUCUGUACCAUUAUGAGGGGAAAGGUGUCCAAUUUUCUAAUUUGAAUCAUUCACAGGAGAAAAAUAGCAUUAGCAGCCUAUUCAUUUUGAAAAUAUGAUAUACAGUGGUAUCUCGGUUUACAAACUUAAUCAGUUCCGGAAGUCUGUUCUUAAACCAAAACCAUUCUUAAACCAAGGUGCACUUUCGCUAAUGAGGCCUCCUGACGCCAGUGCACUUCCACCGUUCGGAUUCCAUUCUUAGACCGACGUAAAGUUCACAAACCGGGACGCUACUUCCAGUUUUGCGGAGUUCAUAAACCGAAUCGUUCUUAAACAGGACUGUUCUUAAAUUGAGGUACCACUGUAUUGUGUUUUCCAUUUGCAGCAUUUGCAAUUAAUUCAAACGGCUGCAUGGUCAUCUAUAGAAUCUGCUUCAGUGGUGAUCUUCACACCAUGUACUCUGGAGUAGGAUUAUUGUGGAGUAGAUAAUUUGAGAAGAAUGGCCUCUGAGAUUAGAAGAUUAUGAUAUAGCUGGAUUGAUGGGAUGACAAACCUGAUUACUGGCUUUGAGUAUGAAUGCAGUGUUAAUUCUGAAUUUAUUAGAAUAGGUGCAUGCUAAAUUGGUAGACACAGUGGAACUUACUUUUGACUUACAUGUAUAUUGAUGAAAUGUGGGGCUUUUAAUGCAAAGCCUAUGACAUCUGCAAUCUGAGAAUCAUUUUUCAAUACAGUGGUACCUCUGGUUACGAACUUAAUUUGUUCUGGAGGUUCAUUCUUAACCUGAAACUGUUCUUAACCUGAGGUACCACUUUAGCUAAUGGGGCCUCCCGCUGCCACAGCCGCGCGAUUUCUGUUCUCAUCCUGAGGUAAAGUUCUUAACCCGAGGUACUACUUCUGGGUUAGCGGAGUCAGUAACCUGAAGUGUUUGUAACCCGAGGUGUUUGUAACCCGAGGUACCACUGUAAUAGGCUCCAGAUACCAUAACUAGAUACAUAGGUAAGCCUUCCUGAUACAAGGAAAUAGAAGCAUUUUGAAUCUGGCUUCUAGUCUUCAGAAAACGAGACAGUUUCCUAAAGAAGAAAUGGGGACAAUCACCAAAUUCCGUACCCUUUGCAUGUCAUGGUUGAAUUCCAACCCAUUUUACCUAGUCCAUGGCAAACAGAAAUUGAAUUUUUUUUAAAUCAAAAUUCUACAGAAUGAAAACAUAAAUACAGUAGAAUAAAUAUAAACUUAAUAUAGAUACGAAGCAACAGCUUUGGGACUGUAUAUAUUUGCUUCCAUCACAAAAUGUUGAAUUUCUGGUUGAAGGAAUUGGUUACUAUGUUAUGCAUGUGUGAGCUAGGAAGUUUUCCUCAAAAUAACAAUGAAAUAUUAUAUAUGCACGCUGCCAUUUUCUAUUGCUUGUUCAUAUUUUCUAUUAUUUUAGUAUACAGAAGGAAAUAAAUUAUUUUAAAUAAAUAGAUAGCCACUGAAUACAGGGUUGAGAAGAAAAUAAUGCAGCUUUGUACAGUCUCACUUCUAGAAACCACGUAUCACCCAUUCUUGCAGCAUUCUAUUGUAGCUAUAAGGCAAGACUCACAUAACCAGCCCCGUCAGCAGAAGCCCUGCACAAGGACUUCAACUUGCGCAAUGGGGUUUCCUCUUCUCCCUGUCAGCCCCUUAAAAUUGGAUGGAAGGAGUGAGGAGGAAAACCCCCAGAACAGCAUGUGGUGGGAGAAGAGAGGAGCUUGCUCCGUCUCACAUUUAAUUCCACCCGUAGGUUUUUGGGUUUUUUUGCAUCACCUUUAAUAAUUGUAUCCAAUGUUACACCAAAUUUAUAUUGUGAGCUUUUUCUGGUGAAGCCAGGCUGCGCCAUUCUUGAUGGUGUCAAAUUCAGGAAGUGGUCAUAACUCCAUUAUCUAAUAAAUAAGUGUCACUGAAUUCAAUAGGUCUUACUUCUGAGUACACAUUGUUGGACUUCCAUUAUCAUAUAUGGCUCACAAAUCUAGCUAGAUUGUGUUUACUUCAGUAACUCAUUUUUCCCUUCUACCUUUUUCAUUCCAACAGGGAAAGUCUGGCACAAUCUUUGACAAUUUUCUUAUCACAAAUGAUGAACAAUAUGCUGAAGAUGCUGGGAAUGAAAUGUGGGGUCCCACAUUUGUAAGUAACGUAAUCACCAUACAAGAGUGGCUGCACUGAGAUAGUGCAGAAGGGCUUCUGCUAGUAUACCUGCACAGCUCCAGGUGUCCAGGCAUUUGUAUAAUUACCAUAAGAGCCCUGAACCCUGCAGCAGUCUCGCCACUACAUUCUGCACUACCUGGUUCUAGACCAGGCCCCAGGACUUCCCCACAUAGAGUAUACUGCAGUUAUCAAGUCUUGAGGUUACUUAUGCAUGGACUACGGUUAUCACGAUCCAGUUAUGGACAUAGCUGGUGUACCAGACAAAGUUGGUGAAAGGCAUUCCCAGCACAGGUCACUUGGACCUUUAACCACAGAGUUGUAUCCAGGAAUACCAGUACCUGGUUCUGAUUGCCUUAUGAAGCACCUGAGCCCUACAGCAUUGGCAGAAGAAUCCUCCUGUGAAUUGAUCCAGGCUGUUGGUUGCUGUCAUCAUUAGCUCACAAGAGAAUUCCUCUAGCAAUACAGUAAGGCUCAGAUGCUUCAUAAGGUAAAACAGGACCAGGAUUCAAUGGGGUAUCUUUGCUGGUCUGAGGUACACCAUCCUUGGGCCUGAAGGACUAAGGAAAAAGUGGGUGAACAGGAGGUAAGUUGUAAAGCAAGCAUAAUUUAUGAGGGUACACAAUAUCCCAUUACUAUUCAAGAAAUAUGCCAAGUUCCUUAUAGUCUGAUCCUUACACAUAUCUGCUUGAUACUAUAUCUUGUUAAGUUCAGUCAGUCUUGUUCGAACAAGCUGUAAUCCUGUGCACCCUUACCUAGAAGUAAAUCUUGUUGAACAUAGUAGGAUUUACUUCUGUGUAAACAUGCAUAGAAUUAUUAGACUGCACAUCCUGCAGAGUUUAGUUAACCAUAAUGAGCACUAACAGGAUUCAUAAAAUCAAUACAGUACUAUAUCUACUGUACAUAAUAUUUUUAUACAUAGAAGUAGCCAGCAAAUAACUGUAGAAAUGCAUGCUUCCAUUAUUACAGUGUAAGAAACAAAACUGAUGUAGUUCCAGACAUAUUAAGAUCUGCUUGAAAAGCACAAGCUUUAGGUGUUAAAGGAAGCUAGUUAAAUUCUUUCAAAAUUAUGAAGAACUCACUGAAAACUAAGGAAUAAUGUGCAAAUGUAGCUGUACAGAUUGCACAAAAAUAACAAAAAGUCCAGCAAUGUAUGUACAACACUAAAGAAAGUGACAAAAAUAUCUGAGGGUGGGAAAGUUUUCAGUGUUGCAUCACGUCUGAUUAUUAGGAAUUUUCAUCGUGACUUUAGAUUGGGGGAAAAUACCUUCAGAGUUAAGGCUUGAACCUACAUUUUCAGUUUGAGGCCCUCUUUCUCACUGACUCUUUGCCAAGAAGGAAAGGGAGGCAGAUUUCAAAAACAAAUCUCUUAUGGAAACUUAUAGAAGUAAAUGUCUGCAUUUCAUAUUCUGGCUGUGACAUUCACAUUUUUUAAAAAUUGACUCGAGGUAAUGUAUUCCUAUAACCUUCAUUUGGUCUUAACACAUGGAAUACUAUUGAAUAAGUUAUUUGCAGCUUAUUUAUAUUAAUAUUUCACAUGGUUUUUCAUCUUGCCAACAUGCUUUACAAUUCUUGUUUGAAUAAACAGGAGAGAGAAUGGAAGAGAAGACAGGGACAAGAUGUUGUGUAUAAAAAGAUUAAUGAAAACGAGGAACCGAAAGGAAAAGAAGGCAAGAAAGAAAAAAGGAAGAAAAAAGAUCGCAAUGUUAAAGAUGAGCUCUAA